AUGGCUACCUCAUCCCAUUCAUUUUCAUAUUCUUUAUCAUCAUCGCGUGUUUCCUCUUCUGAUGCCUAUGUUUGUCCCCAUCUCGCACUUGCUUUUGGUUCUUGUUCAUGUUCUACACAAGUCAACAAUAAAAGAAAACUUGGACACCAAGAAACGUUGGAUGUGUAUUCUUAUCCUAAUGUUUGUCUUCAUUUAUCUCUAAGUUUUUGUAGUUGUCUCCAUGAGACACAAAUUGUCAAGAAACAAAAACGUGUCCAACAAGAAACCAACAAUUCAGCAACGAACAACACAUGCGAUGCUGUUGCUGUUGGAACAAAUAUGGAUUGUUCAACCAAUGUUGGUGAUCCAUGGAUGAUCAAGAAGGUGUUGACAAAAAGUGAUCUUGAUGAUAAUUGUAGACUUUUGUUAAAUAGAGAUUUGGCUAAGAAAUGUGUGGUUCCUAUGGUGGAUAAAGCUAAAGCUGAGAAUGAUGGAGUCAAGGUUGAAGUGUUUGAUGUUGACACUAGAUUUCCUCUAUCUCUUACUUUCAAGAUACGACCUUCCAAUGAUAGUCAUGUCUUCAACAACACAUGGAUCACAGAUUUUGUAGACAGAAGAAACUUGAAGAAAGGAGAUGUAAUUGGUCUCAAAUGGAAUAACGACAAGAAAAUAUUUGAUUUUUCUGUUCUUCAUCGGUCUUGA